CUCCACUCUCUCUUCUCCAUUUCCAUGUGAACCUUCACGUUCACUUCAAUCACUUUCCCGAGAAAAUAGAAAAGAAAAUUUAAAAAGAAAAAAAGCUCACUCCAACUUCUUCUCCUUCUUCUUUUCUCCGAUAUUUUUCUUUUUUCACAGAAGCUUCCAAAGAUCUCAAUCUCUCUGGCACUUUGUCCGCUUUCCCAAGAAAAUCAGUAUUUCUGAAAAUUGGUACUAGGCCAUGGCGGCGGCGGUGAAAUCGAAUGGCGGUACUGGUUCUAGAACCUCCUCGAAGGUUCCAGCAGCUGCGAAACCGCUGGCCGAAGAGCCGGCGGAGAUUGCGUCGAACAUCAGUUACCACGCGCAGUACAGCCCUCACUUCUCGCCGUUCAAGUUCGAGCCCGAGCAAGCCUUCUACGCCACCGCCGAGAGCGUCCGUGACCGUCUCAUACAGCAAUGGAACGAGACGUACCAGCAUUUUGAUAAGGUGGAUCCGAAGCAGACGUACUACUUAUCGAUGGAGUAUCUUCAAGGACGAGCUUUGACGAACGCGAUUGGGAACCUCAAUAUCCAAAAUGCCUAUGCAGACGCUUUGAAUAAGUUGGGACAUGAUCUUGAGGAAAUCGUAGAACAAGAGAAAGAUGCUGCCCUGGGAAAUGGUGGUCUGGGAAGGCUUGCUUCGUGCUUUCUGGAUUCAAUGGCGACAUUGAAUCUUCCCGCUUGGGGUUAUGGUUUGCGGUACCGAUAUGGGCUGUUCAAGCAACGAAUCACUGAGGAAGGCCAAGAAGAAAUUGCUGAGGAUUGGCUAGAGAAGUUUAGUCCUUGGGAAAUUGUCAGGCAUGAUGUGGUGUUCCCUGUCCAAUUUUUUGGCCACGUUAAGGUCAAUCCUGAUGGAUCGCGAAAAUGGGUAGGGGGAGAGGUAUUCCAAGCUCUGGCCUAUGAUGUGCCAAUUCCAGGAUACAAAACCAAGAACACUAUUAGCCUUCGUCUUUGGGAAGCAAAGGCUACCUCUGCGGAUUUCAACCUAUUUCAGUUUAAUGACGGACAAUAUGAAUCUGCCGCACAGCUUCAUUCUCGAGCUCAACAGAUUUGUGCUGUUCUAUAUCCUGGAGAUGCUACCGAAAAUGGAAAGCUUUUACGGCUGAAGCAACAAUUUUUCCUCUGCAGUGCAUCACUUCAGGACAUUAUCUUUAGGUUCAAGGAGAGGAAACCGGGAGAAGGCUCACGGAAAUGGUCCGAUUUCCCCAAGAAGGUUGCUGUACAAUUAAAUGAUACUCAUCCUACACUUACUAUUCCAGAGCUAAUGAGAUUGCUAUUGGAUGAGGAAGGACUUGGAUGGGAUGAAGCGUGGGAAGUGACAACAAGGACUGUUGCUUAUACUAAUCACACAGUCCUUCCUGAAGCGCUUGAGAAAUGGUCAAAAUCUGUGAUGUGGAAACUUCUUCCUCGCCAUAUGGAAAUCAUAGAAGAAAUUGACAAGAGGUUUAUUGCUAUGGUACAUGCUACACGAUCCGAUCUCGAGAGUAAGAUUGAAAGCAUGCGCAUCUUAGACAAUAAUCCACAGAAGCCUGUUGUGCGAAUGGCAAACUUAUGUGUGGUUUCUGCUCAUACGGUUAAUGGUGUUGCCCAAUUGCACAGUGAUAUAUUGAAGUCUGAGUUAUUUGCAGACUAUGUCUCUAUAUGGCCAACAAAGUUCCAAAAUAAAACUAAUGGCAUCACUCCUCGCCGAUGGCUUCGGUUUUGCAGUCCUGAGCUCAGUAACAUAAUCACCAAAUGGUUAAAAACUGAUGAAUGGGUCCACAACCUAGACCUACUAGGAGGUCUUCGGAAAUUGGCAGACAAUGAAGACUUCCAAGAUGAAUGGGCAUCAGCCAAAAUGGCUAAUAAACUGCGUUUGGCGCAGUACAUAGAGCGUGUGGCAGGUGUGAGUAUUGACCCAAAUAGCCUGUUUGACAUACAAGUGAAGCGUAUCCAUGAAUAUAAGAGACAGUUGCUGAAUAUUUUGGGUGCUAUAUAUAGAUAUAAGAAAUUAAAGGAGAUGAGCUAUGAAGAACGAAAGAAAACAACUCCACGCACCAUCAUGAUCGGAGGAAAGGCAUUUGCAACAUAUACGAACGCCAAAAGAAUAGUGAAACUGGUGAACGAUGUUGGUGUGGUUGUCAACAAUGAUCCUGAAGUCAACAGCUAUUUGAAGGUCGUGUUUGUUCCAAAUUACAACGUGUCUGUGGCAGAGAUGCUAAUUCCAGGAAGUGAGCUAUCACAGCAUAUCAGCACUGCCGGCAUGGAGGCAAGCGGCACAAGCAACAUGAAAUUUGCACUUAAUGGUUGCCUCAUUAUAGGAACACUCGACGGGGCUAACGUGGAAAUCAGAGAGGAAGUUGGAGAGGACAACUUCUUUCUGUUUGGUGCUACAGCAGAUAAAGUCCCCACAGUGCGGAAGCAACGAGAGAAUGGGCUGUUCAGACCAGAUAAUCGGUUUGUAGAGGCCAUGCAGUUUAUUAGGAGUGGAGCAUUUGGAAGCUACGACUACAACCCACUUCUCGAGUCUCUCGAGGGAAACUCCGGUUAUGGCCGUGGAGAUUAUUUCCUUGUUGGCCAUGAUUUCCCAAGCUACAUGGACGCUCAGGCAAAAGUUGAUGAAGCUUACAAGGAUAGGAGAAGAUGGCUAAGGAUGUCAAUACUAAGCACAGCAGGAAGUGGAAAGUUCAGCAGUGACAGAACAAUUGCUCAGUAUGCCAAGGAAAUUUGGAACAUCGAGGAGUGUCGUGUACCAUGAAUCCAACCUGGACUUCUGGUUCUUGGCAACAUGUUACAAAUUCCACAGAAUCACAUGAAAAAUAAGGAAAAAAGAGAACAAUAUACACCAAUAAAAUGCUACUCAAAGGCAUUAUGAGCUCGUACUCGUUUUGCUUACCCCCAUCCCGUUUCAAUAUCUUGUGCUGUAAUAUUUUAAAAAACAGAGAAAUAAAUAAUUUGAUUUGCUGUAAUAUCCUAAGAAACAGAGAAUUGAAUAAAUUGGUUUUCAUAUGCAAUUGUUUCCUUUU